AUGGCUACAACACUUAGUAUUCAAUCAAAUCAAAAUCUUGAUACAUUUAUUCUUAUAUGGCUUGAUAGUUUAGUUAAUAUAUCGGAAGACAAUAUUGAUACUAAAAAAAUACUUCGAAAGGCUAUUACUUAUGUUGUAUCAUUUGAUGAUACUGAAAAAUGUUUGGAAUUUAUUCGAAGUCAUUCACAAGAAAAAAUUGUUUUAAUUGUUAGUGGUCGAUUAGGACAAAUAUUAGUACCACGUGCUCAUCAAUUUUCACAAUUAAUUGCAGUCUAUGUUUAUUGUUCUGAUAAAAAACGAAAUGAACAAUGGGCUAAAGAUUUCAUUAAAAUCAAAGGUGUGAUUGUCGAUUUAAAUGACUUAAUUAAGCGAAUAAAAUUGGAUCAUAUGAAACGAAAUGAAUAUAAUAUUGAUGAAUCAUUACCAAUAACUUUUUUUCAUAAAAAUCCUCAAAAUAAACAAUUUUUAAUUAAAAAUAAUGAUAAUUUUAUUUAUUUUCAAUUAAUAAUCGAUUGUUUAAGUCUAAUUAAACCAACUUUAAAUGAAAAAAAUAAACUUAUUUUAUUUUGUAAAGAAAAAUAUAAAGACAAUAAAAACGAAUUAAAUAUUAUUAGUGAAUUUGAAGAAAAUUAUUCAUCCAAUCGUGCAAUAUGGUGGUUAACAAGAGAAUCAUUUGUUUUACCUAUGUUAAAUAAAGCAUUUCAAACAAUAAAUAUUAAUUUAUUAUAUAAUUUUAAUUUUCUUAUUAGUGAUAUUCGAAAACAAUUAAUUGAAAAUAAAUAUCAAGCACCACUACGUACUUAUCGAACUCAAUUAAUGUCAAGUCAAGAAAUAAAAUUAUUAAAAUAUUAUAUUGGAGAAUAUGUUUCAAUUAAUACAUUUUUUAUUACAAUACCAAAUCGUAAACAUGCAAUUGAAAUGUUUAAAGAUUCUGAUACUGAUUCGGGUUUAAAACGUGUUUUAUUUGAAAUUGAUGCUGAUCCUCAACUUGAAAAUAUGAAACCAUUUAGUGAUAUAACAUCAUUAAAUUAUUCUACUGGUGUAGAAAUUAUACUUUUUAUGGCUGGAACAAUAUUUCAUCCAGUUGAUAUUUGUCAAGAAAAUGAUAUUACUAUUAUACAAAUGGAUGCAUGUAGUGAUAAUGAUUCAAAUAUUAAGACAAUUAUAGAUAAUAUUAAAGGAGAAGAUUAUGGUGCUACACCAGAUGUUUUUUCACUUGGUUAUAUACUUGCAAAAAUGAAAAAAUUUGAUGAUGCUGAAAAGUUUUAUAAUCGAUUAUUAGUUGAACUACCUGAUGAUCAUCGUUCAGUUGUAUCUUGUUAUAAAGGAUUUGCUAGAAUAGCAAUGGAAAAAGAAGAUUAUGAUUUGAGUAUUCAACGAUAUCAAAAAGCAUUUAACAUGGAACAAUCAGUAUUAAAACCUGAUGAUCCUGGAAUUGCUUCUGGAUAUAGUACUAUUGCAGAUGUUUAUGUUAAAAAAUGUGCAUUUACUGAAGCAUUACAAUUGUAUAAUCAAGCAUUAAAAAUAUGGAUUCGAGCAUUAGGUAAUGAUCAUCUAAAAGUCGCAGUAUGUUAUAAAAAUAUUGCUCGUAUAUUUGAAAUGCAAAGUAAAUAUAAUGAAGCUAUUGAUUAUUAUGAAAAAGUUGUAGCGAUAUACGAGAAAAAUUCUACUGUUAAUCAGGCUGAUUUAGCUAAAUUACAUAAUCAUAUAGCAAGUAUAUAUGCUUUGAUUGAUGAUAAGAAUCAUAUAUUAAAACAUUAUAAAUUAGCAUUGAAAAUUUUCUCAAAAAUUUAUUCUAUUAACCAUCCAGAUGUAAUAGGAGCAUUGAAAAAUAUUGGUCAUACUCAUGAAGCAGCUGGUAAUUUAAGUCAAGCUCUAGCACAUUAUGAAAAAAUAGCUUCAAUACAUCGUGAACUAUUACCUUCAAAUCAUCCUGAGAUUAAUGAAAUUCAACUAGAUAUUAAUCGUAUAAAAUCUCAAAUAAAAUAA